CGCGCGGAGACAUGCAUACAUUGGCAACAUGGAGGUCUAGUCUGUGCUUUUGCAGAUAAAGUAGACCAUUUUAGAAGAAUGGUUAUUAUUUUAGAUGAACGUGUAAAUCUUCCUAGGUGUCAAAAUGUGAGAGUAUAAUUAGCCAGCUCUUCGGCUUGCUUGUUUAAAGACUGCAGAGAAUCGCCUUGACUCCUGUUGUCCCAGCUGAGCAUCUAGCUAACGUAGGUAGUUACAGUAUUAAAACAGCAGGUCACUGCACCUUAGUUACAAAAAUAUAUUUGGCUGAAUUCUUAUACGAGUCGAGAUGACGGAUCCAAGUUCAGAACCGGCUGGAGCAAUCAAGGCAAUUGACAGGCACUCAGUGCAUCAGAUCUGCUCUGGGCAAGUUGUCUUGACCCUGGCCACAGCUGUCAAGGAACUGGUUGAGAACAGUAUUGAUGCAGGGGCCACCAGUGUUGACAUAAAAUUGAAGGACAGCGGUACAGAACUUGUGGAAGUGUCUGAUAACGGUAAAGGAGUGGAAGAAGCAAAUUUUGAAGGACUGACCUUGAAGCACCACACAUCAAAGCUGAGGGAUUUCACUGACCUAAUCCAUGUGGAAACAUUUGGAUUUCGAGGAGAAGCCCUCAGCUCUCUAUGUGCCCUCAGUGACCUCACUGUGGUGACCUGUCACGAGGCUGCCCAGGUGGGCACCAGGCUAGUGUUUGACCACAGUGGUCACCUGACCCAGCGUUCACCCCACCCCAGGCAGAAGGGCACGACGGUCAGCCUGGGUCAGCUCUUUUAUACCCUGCCCGUCCGACACAAAGAGUUCCAACGCAACAUCAAGAAGGAAUACACCAAGACGAUUUGUGUGCUCCAGUCCUACUGCAUCAUUUCGACAGGGGUUCGUAUCACCUGCACCAACCAGACAGGACAGGGCAAACGCACCCCAGUCCUCUCUACCAAUGGCAGCCAUAGUAUGAAGGACAACAUCGGAGCCAUAUUUGGCCCCAAACAACUGCAGAGUCUGCUCCCGUUCCAGCAGCUCUCCCCAACAGACACCGUCAAGGAAGACUAUGGACUAAGUAACACUGAACUGCCAAAAGACCUCUUCACCAUCUCUGGUUUUGUGUCGCGAGGGGACCAUGGUGUUGGCAGAAGUGCCACUGACAGACAGUUCUACUACAUCAACAACCGACCAUGUGAUCCUUCUAAGAUCUCCAAGCUUGUGAAUGAAGUAUAUCACAUGUUUAACAGACACCAAUAUCCGUUCAUAGCAUUGAACAUCACCGUUGCUUCAGAAUGUGUGGAUGUGAACGUCACCCCAGAUAAGCGUCAGAUAUUUCUACAGGAGGAGAAGCUGCUGCUUGCGAUCAUUAAGAGUUCUCUCAUUGCCAUGUAUGAGAGUGGCGUCAACAAAAUCAGCCUCAACCAGAUAUCCUUCUCCACAAACAGUGAACACACUUCAAAAGAUUUCUACAGAGCAGCAGAGCUUUCACCUGAUGUGGAAGGAUGCCAGAUAGUUCCGGCAUCUGAGACAGCUUUGGAAACUAGACAUGAUUCGAAGGCUGUGGUACCUGGCCCUUGGCCGUCUCUCAACUUAGCUGGUCUAAAGACUGCUUUUUCCAUGCAUACCAGCCAAGGCACUGGGGCUAAGUCGACCACCACGAAAGCAGUUAACACUGGUCCAACCCAGAAGAAGCUGCCAUCUUUCUUCAGAGGUGCUGAGAAGAGUCAGGAGGAGCGAAAGUCAAGUUCACUAUCUCCUUUCGAAUCCAGUGAAGGUGCAGGGAAUUGUUCCCCUGUGGGGAGGUCUGUUCUGGAUGGGUUCAGGUAUGGAAGGAAGACGGACAGCGACCUAGACCCUGGGGGAGAGAGCCUCCUGUCAGAGAGCAGCUCUUCCUCAGCCGCACCAGACAGCCUCUGUGCUACUACAGGGUUAGAGUUCACCUCGCCAGAAGUAGCUGUAGAUGACAAACCUGAUAUAAAAUGUGAGGUGCUUGAUGAACCUUUGGAUGAGGAAGACACAGUUGAAAGGCACAUUGACCGUCAGAUUGAAGAACAUCUUUCAGAAGCAGCUGAUGAGACAGAUGUCAGUCCUGAUGCCAAGAAAGCUAAACUGGAGGAUAGUUGUUUCUCCUCAGAGAACAAGAACACUCAUUCUGUCUGCUCUGAGGUAACCUCUGGGACUAAGAUGGAUGCCCCAGUCUGCUUACAAAAGAGGGCAGUGCCACUGCAGUUCUCCUUCCAGGAGCUAGGUGGCAGGCUGAGGAAGCUGCAGGAACAGCAGAGACAGAAGGCGGAAGACCAGCUGCGCUACAGGCGCUUCAAAGCCAAGAUCAGUCCAGGAGAGAACCAGAGUGCAGAGGAUGAAUUAAAGAAGGAGAUACGCAAAGACAGUUUUAAGGCUAUGGAGAUAAUCGGGCAGUUUAACCUGGGCUUCAUCAUCACUAAGCUCAACUCUGACAUCUUCAUGAUUGACCAGCAUGCCACCGACGAGAAGUACAACUUUGAGAUGCUUCAGCAGCACACUGUACUCCAAGGACAGAGACUCAUAGUCCCACAGAAUCUUCACCUUACUGCAGUCAGUGAGAACGUUCUCAUGGAGAAUCUUGAUAUUUUCAGGAAGAACGGCUUUGAUUUUCUCAUAGAUGAGGACGCCCAGGUAAUGGAGCGGGUGAAGCUGGUGUCCCUGCCUACCAGUAAGAACUGGACAUUUGGUCUGGGUGACAUCGAGGAGCUCAUCUUCAUGUUGAGUGACAGCCCGGGAGUAAUGUGUCGGCCUUCUCGCGUCAGGCAGAUGUUUGCCUCCAGGGCCUGCAGGAAAUCAGUGAUGAUUGGUACUGCUCUGAGCACCACUGAAAUGAAGAAGCUUGUGGUUCAUAUGGGGGAGAUUGAGCAGCCAUGGAACUGUCCACAUGGCAGACCCACCAUGAGACAUCUUGCAAACCUGAACAUCAUCUCACAAGACUGAAAGUUACUUUGGUUUUUAACUCAGCCCGGCCAACUCAACGCUUCU